AUGUCAUCCUUCGGGGACCGCGUACCAGAUUCGCUGCACCCACAGGACGACGCCCGCAUCAUCCUCGACCCUGUUGUAAGGAAGGUUGUGGCCUUACCUGUCUCUCCCGAAACAAGAGAACGUGAACGGAAACACCAAGACCCUAUACGCAAAGAUCAGAGUAGGCAAAAUCCGACCGCAAGUAACGAGAAGGAGGUCGCUACAACUCUUCGAGAUGACGAUACUACAGUCAUACGUCAGCAGCUCCAGGGCCUGUUCGAGCAAGUCAAAGCCCUCCAGGCCGCAUUAGAAACAAAGAUUGCGCUGGGACAGCUGCCGUCUUCGUCCCCCAGGGAACAGGACAUACCGAUUGCGGCACCUGUCAUACCCCGGAACGAUGGACACUCCUCCACCCCGAUACAGUCGUUACUAGGACAUGCUUCGAUGAGCGGCGACCCGGUUUUUUCCCGUCAUUCUGGUACCUCCUAUCCGAAGACCCUGUCUCGCACACUUGAGUAUAGCCAGAAAGCCCUCCGUAAGUCGGUCUACACAUUAGGCAGUGUGGCUACAGAGCUAGAAACAGCACGCUCUCUAGCAGUGGCCCCAGCUGCCCGAUAUGCUCGUGACUGCAUACGCGUAUUGGAUGAAGACGCAGCAAUCGAGGGUGACUUUGAGCUUAAGCAGGCUCUGAGAGCGUCAUACAGGAACUGGAACUUGCUCCACGCGGAACAAAAACGCUCUGAUCGCGUGAGUGGGCGACCGGAUCUACUCUUGAAGCUACAAGUCAGCGACAUAAAAGCAACGUCAUCCAAGAUUGGCAGUAAUGUAAAAGAAUUGAAGAAAGAGCUUGCUCGUAUGUCACCAACCACACCAAGAGCGCCGAAACCAGUUCUUCCGUCGGUGGAAGAGUAUCGCCAGCAAGCUCACGAUCAUGCCGAAAAUGUGAAGAAAUUCCCAAGAGGCACUGAGCUAAAAAGCUCAGAGAAGAAGAUUGACGGCGAGAGGUUGACGCGAAGAAUCCAUACACAGUCACGCCUAAUGAAGUCAUCAGACGAAUUGAGCAUCAAUAUUGAAGAUGGUCGCGGAAGGACUACAACGAUCGAGCAAUCUAAGGGGACAGAAACCGAAAAUCCGCCGCCUUUACAGCAGAAGCCAGAAAUUAGUCCAACCACUACUGCCAAUCUGUCACCCAAACCAAGACCGGGUACCGCUGAAAUGAGUGAGCAAUCGCUCCUUGAAGAACUCUUCCCAGAGGCAAGCACUACUCUGCAACCUCGUCAGCCCGAGCAAAGCGACAGGUAUCCCAAGCUUAACCUCCCGGACUCAACGCCCAUCAUUCGUCGGGAAGUAUACGAACCUACUCCGUCACUCAAAGAGCAAGUGGUCAAUUCGUUGCGCAAGCAGGGGGAACAAAUUACUGUUCUUCAACUCACGAACUGUAGCACCGAGCUGACUGAAGCCGAUUUCCGUCGCAUCAUACCAAAGAGCCAGCACAUUGAGGGUUGGCAUCGAGAUGGCGACCUUUAUAAGAUUGUGCCUGGCCGUGACCCGCUGAGUCUAGAGCGACUGCCCUUCUAUUACUUACUUUUCAAGAACGCAGAGGCCGCCCUCGCGUAUCAGAAGAAUGCUUCGAGAUUGCACAAGCUGAGCGCUCUCCACCAGCCCGCGAGUAUCUUUUCCGCCAUCCCACCCCCUAGAGGGUUCCUCGAAGAGGGUGAAGAUAUCACAGCUGCCAUCUCAGCCUACAAUCUUCUGCCGGCACAUCACCCCAUGAGUCUCAAUGUUCUCAUGCAGCCCUACAACCCCGUACUGCGUGCGUUGGUGGAGAGAGGCGGCUACCAACCCAUCGCACCCUCGGUUGAUGAGAAGGGAAACACCGUAUGGAGGGUGCUCAUGCAUAUCGAAGGCUACGAGCCUAGCACUUCGGACCUGUUCAAAAUCUUCUCUCGUGAUGCCUACAAACAUGGCAUGACUCUUCCCUUGCGCAACGAGUCGCAAACUUCAAUUCACCGUCUUCGCGAUGUGAUUAAUCUGAAGACGUCGUCCAAGGCCGUCUCGUCGAAUCGUCCUCGCGCAUACGGCACCUUUGAUCAGCCAGCAAAUCCAGAGUUGGAGACGACGUACGAUGACCCGGCGAUUCAGAGCAUGCUAUCUGGUGCAAACGAAGACAGCCCCAGCCAAACGAAUCAGCUAGUCAUGAACCGCGUAUACAACCGAUGGGUCCUGGAUUUUGAAGACGAAGAUACUGCUCACAGAUGGAGUGUGAGGUGGCAUCGCAGAGUACUGCCUGAAUUGAGCCAUACCAGGGGCGCGUGGAAAGACAGCGAAGAGGCGAGGAUUUGCAACACUGAACUGUUGUGGUGA